CUCGUUGAUUCUGCAGUGCGCGAGGUGGGCGGCGAGUUCUGAGUAUAAACGACAGACUGAGCGGGUUUGAAUACUUACAGAAACGGAAAUAUUACACACAUUUCAAAUGUAUUUCAAUUCGCUUACAGUCUGCCGCAGUUAAGAGAGAGAAAGACGCCUGGCCAAACAGAUACUUGUAAAACUAAAGACGAAUUAAGCGCCUGUCUUUUGUUUAUCGAGGCUCGCCGGUAUUGGUAACGCGGACGCGCGGAGGUGAAAGGACCCUCUACCGCGAGCUAGCUGAGUUAGCUAGCUCACUUAACCGAUCAUCUUCACUUAGGGACGGCACUGACAGAAAAGUCGUUUGUUUGGAUGUGGACAGGUCUCCUCCUUCAGGGAAGCCAUGGUAUUGACUGGGAGGAAAUCGGAGAAGGGUCCUGUUUGCUGGAAGCGGAGAGUGAAGUCUGAGUACAUGCGACUGCGGCAGCUCAAACGUUUCAGGAGGGCAGACGAGGUCAAGAGCAUGUUCAGCUCCAACAGACAGAAGAUAUUGGAGCGUACAGAUAUACUGAACCAGGAAUGGAAACUGAGACGGAUACAGCCUGUUCAUAUUAUGACACCUGUGAGCUCCUUGCGAGGGACUAGAGAGUGCACUGUUGACAGUGGCUUCUCUGAGUUCUCCAGACAAGUCAUUCCUCUCAAAACACUGAAUGCUGUGGCCUCUGUGCCUGUCAUGUACUCUUGGUCUCCACUCCAGCAAAACUUCAUGGUUGAAGAUGAGACUGUAUUGCACAACAUCCCUUACAUGGGUGAUGAAAUCCUUGAUCAAGAUGGCACCUUCAUUGAAGAGCUUAUUAAAAAUUAUGAUGGAAAAGUUCAUGGAGAUAGAGAGUGUGGUUUCAUAAAUGAUGAGAUCUUUGUGGAGCUAGUGUGCGCACUCAAUCAGUACAGUGAUAAUGAGGAAGAUGAUGAAGAGGAGGAUCAGCAUGAUUGCAAGUUUGAGAAGAUGGACCUCUGUGAUGGAAAAGAUGACGCUGAAGACUCUCACAAGGACCAGCUCAAUUCUGAAAGUCACAACAAUGACAGAUCAAAGAAGUUUCCCUCUGAUAAAAUCUUUGAAGCCAUUUCUUCCAUGUUUCCUGAUAAAGGUUCAACUGAAGAACUCAAAGAAAAAUAUAAAGAACUCACUGAGCAGCAGCUUCCAGGGGCUCUUCCUCCUGAAUGCACCCCCAACAUCGAUGGGCCAAAUGCUAAAUCAGUGCAAAGAGAGCAGAGUCUGCACUCCUUCCAUACACUCUUCUGCAGGCGUUGCUUCAAAUACGACUGUUUUCUUCACCCUUUCCAUGCAACUCCAAACACAUACAAGCGUAAAAAUAUGGAGAAUCUGGUGGACAGCAAACCAUGUGGCAUUUAUUGUUACAUGUAUAUGGUUCAGGAUGGCAUGGUUAGGGAAUACCCAGCAGGUGUGGUUGCUGAGCGUGCCAAGACCCCUUCUAAGCGCAUAGUGGGCAGACGCAGAGGAAGACUCCCGAACAGCAACAGCAGACCCAGCACCCCAACAGUUAACAAUGAGACUAAAGACACAGACAGUGACCAAGAGGGAGGGGCAGAUGGAACAGACUGCAACGAUAAAGAUUAUGAUGACAAAAAGGAUGAGACCACCAGCUCCUCAGAGGCGAACUCCCGCUGUCAGACUCCAGUGAAGCUGAAGUUGAGCUCUGAGCCUCCUGAGAAUGUGGACUGGAGCGGCGCUGAGGCCUCUCUCUUCAGAGUGCUCAUCGGCACUUACUAUGACAACUUCUGCGCUAUCGCCAGACUCAUCGACACAAAGACCUGCAGACAGGUUUAUGAAUUCAGGGUAAAAGAAUCUAGCAUCAUUGCACGUGCACCUGCGGUGGAUGAAAACACUCCUCAAAGGAAGAAGAAGAGGAAACACAGAUUGUGGGCCACUCAUUGUCGGAAAAUUCAACUAAAGAAAGAUGGCUCCUCCAAUCAUGUGUACAAUUACCAGCCAUGUGACCACCCGCGCCAGCCGUGUGACAGUUCUUGCCCUUGUGUCACUGCCCAAAACUUCUGUGAGAAGUUCUGCCAGUGUAGCUCGGAAUGUCAGAACCGGUUUCCAGGCUGCCGCUGUAAGGCUCAGUGUAACACCAAGCAGUGUCCCUGUUACCUGGCCGUACGAGAGUGUGACCCUGACCUGUGCCUCACCUGUGGGGCGGCUGAACACUGGGACAGUAAAAACGUCUCCUGCAAGAACUGUAGUAUUCAGAGAGGAGCAAAGAAGCACUUGCUACUGGCUCCGUCUGAUGUGGCCGGAUGGGGAAUUUUCAUCAAAGAGCCUGUUCAGAAAAACGAGUUCAUCUCCGAGUACUGUGGGGAGGUAGAUGUAAACCCCCCCCCCCCCCCCCCCCCCCCCCACAUGUGCAGCUUCCUGUUCAAUCUUAACAACGAUUUUGUUGUUGAUGCAACUAGGAAAGGAAACAAGAUCAGGUUUGCCAACCACUCUGUGAACCCCAACUGCUAUGCAAAGGUGAUGAUGGUUAAUGGAGAUCACAGGAUUGGCAUAUUUGCUAAGAGAGCCAUACAGACUGGAGAGGAACUGUUCUUUGACUACAGAUACAGUCAAGCCGACGCUCUGAAAUACGUAGGUAUUGAACGUGAAACGGAAAUUCCAUAAAGCCAUCUACCUCCUUCAACAAAUGCCUUACACGCUUCAGGAAUUCUCUCUCCACAUGCAUUUCCAGAUUAGAUACAGUUUUAUAGGACACGGGCAUCUAUUUGAAAAGUUUUUAACUGAUAUUUUGAAAACUUUUUUUUUUUUUUUUUAAACUCUACCAUCAGGCUUACUCUGGGAUACACUUUCUGAUAAUAACUUGAACAUUCUGUCAUGUUUACAGUUGAGGUUUUAGUACAGAGCCAUUUUAUAAUGGGCCAUUGUUUUGUAUCUGGAUUGUAGGUGUUUUUUUUUUUUUUGGUUUAAAUUAUUUUGACAGUUUCCUCUAUACCUUUGGACCAAAUUUCACAUUUAAACCGGCUGUAAGUUUGUAAUGCAAAAAACAUAUCAUGCAGUCCCCACCGUUUUAAGUUUUGUUCUUUUUGGAAACCAAAGCCACUGUCACUGCUUUGCAUGUUAAUCUCUCCAGAACCAUGGUGCAGAGGUGUUAAAUGCAUUUUCCGGUGCCAAUGCACCGUUGUUGUAAAAACAAAACAACUUGGUGAUUUAUGUAAGGAGGGUAGACUCAGUAUCAUAUUAUUGCGGUGCCUUGACAUGUUUAAAGAACACUGAAUAGUUUCUUGAAUUAGAUUCCCUAAAAUAUUAAAUGGUGUACUCGAAUUGUAUGCAUGAACAAAAGUUUUUAAAUGGAGUGGGAUCAGGUAACUCUUCAUUCCUCACUGUACAUUGUUUUGUAAUGUUUAUCCAGACAGUUGCAGCUAUGAACUUUAGACGUCACUAAAUGUAAAGAGAUUGGAUUAAGGUGCUGUUCUCGUCCCUGGUUACGUGAAAAAAAACAAUCACUUUUCUGAACGUGGGAUACUGUAAAAUCAAAGCAAUAAUACCAGGCUUGACUCCAGAAGUCCCCUAUUUAUUUUAUGCGUGUAAACAAGUUUUAUAAUUUAUUGAUGGCUAUCAUUUGCUGUGAUUUGUCUAGUGAAUAUUAGGGAGUUACUACUUAGGCGCUUGAUCUGUUUUAUUUUGCUCCUCUUAAUUCAUAUUUUUCCUCUGAACCUCGGUUCUACUCUCUUUCCUGAGGGUUUUUGACCACUCCAUCUCCAUGCCUCCAAUUACAAGGUGCUGUUCAAUUGUUUACAGGGACUUGUUAAACGUGAUAAAAUAAAUAUUGAAAAUAAUUGUUUGCUGUACUGUUUAAGCUAGAAAUUCAGAGCAAGUAUAUAAAUGAGAAAACCUAGCACUGAAAAAGCAAAAUUGUUUAUUCAUGACAUUUAUAAAAUUAACUGCACUAUACAAAUGGUGCUCUCGUGGCUGGUAAUAAUGUCUGGUCAGACAUGAUUAUGCUCAGCGUGCUGCUGAAACAUAUCCUCUUGGUUAUAGGUAUUUCUGUCUGCAACCAACAGCCUUUUAAA